AUGUGCCGAAAAGUUACCCACAAGUUCGAAUGUGGUCACAACAAUGGUCCUAGUGUUAUGAAUCCUGACAACCCCGCAGACUGCCCGGAAGCAGUAAAGGCCAACCGUCGACAUAAGAAGACGAACAGACUUCUCCAAUGCAAAAGUCCCCCGACGUCUGUUGUCAACACUGGCGGUUACUGUCAGAAGCCAAAUUGCUUUGUAUGGUAUCUCCAAGAGUUCGGCUGGUCUUGCUGCGCAUGUAAACGGCAGAAUGAAGGAGGCUCCUGGGAAGUGUGCCACUGCUCGCACACUAUUUGCAAAGGUUGCUCAUCAGUAAUCAACCAAGAGCAAAACAGGCACCCGCAGGGACAUGGCAACUGCUACCAACAGCAGGGGUAUAGUUCGGAGUAUGAGAGCUUCUCCCAACUGGGGUACAACCAGGAUGCAUAUGAUCAAGGGGGAUAUGGUCAAGAGCGAUACGGCCAGGCAAAUGAGGGUCAUGAUUAAAUCAGUGCAGCUCAGUACUGGUCGGGUAUCUGAUAUGCGGUCUUGGACUAAACAAGCUAUCUAACAAUCCUAU